AUGUCUUCUCUCCUCUCCUACCUCCCGCAGCAUGAGGGCUUUCUCCCCAAAUGGCUCCUUUUCCUCGCCGUCGUCUCCACCUUAAACACCUCCCGCGCCCUCAUCAGCCCAACAUACACGGCCCUGCUAUACAAUAAUAGCCCAUUCAACGCACUGCAAUCGCGCACCUUUGGCACCUGGACCUUUAUUUCUGCUGUCGUCCGCGCGUACGCUGCCUUCCACAUCAACGAGCCUCACAUGUACGACCUGGCCAUGUGGACGUUUGGAACUGCCUUUGCGCACUUUGUGAGCGAAUGGUUGAUUUUCGGGAGCGCGAAGCCUAAGGGCCGGUUUUUAAACCCGCUGUGCGUCGCUAGUGGGACGCUGGCGUGGAUGGCGACGCAGAGGGGUUUCUAUUUGGGAUAG